UUGUCUCUUCUACGCCAAGCGCUCAAUCUCCGUCUCUUUCUAAAAAUGGUGAACGAACGUUUACAAUAGUUGGUGCAGUUAGUUUGUCUCGUUUUUUUCCAAAAUUAAAUUACAAAUGCCGGUUAUUUGAAGUGUUGUUUUGCAGUAAUUCAACCAGACGGACGUAAAAUUGUAAAAUGUCAUCGGGCAAUAACAUCGAGUCGGAAUAUUCGAAGUUAAACUCAAAAAAUGAGUGGUCGGCGAUUUUUCAGAAAAUUCGCUCCGAGAGCGUCAAAAACAGCAGUCCAUACACGGAAGCCUUGAAACCGCAGAAUAAAAACCUGAACAGGUACCGAGACGUCAGUCCCUAUGACCACAGCCGCAUUGUCCUCAAGCGGGGCUCCACCGACUACAUCAACGCCAAUCUCAUCAAAGUGGAGAAGGCCAACAGACAGUACAUCCUCACGCAGGGCCCCCUUUGCAACACCGUCAGCCACUUCUGGCUCAUGGUGUGGGAGCAGCACAGCAAGGCGGUCCUGAUGCUCAACAAGCUCGUUGAGAAGAAACAAGAGAAGUGUUACCAGUACUGGCCUUCCAAAGUCGGCCCCGAUUAUAUCAUGACAAUGGAGGACGUGGGAUUGACGCUGGAAUAUGUGGAGCAACAAGACCACUCAUAUUAUUUACAAAGAGUAUUGAGAUUGACGGAUAUCAGCACGAAAGAGUCCCGAGAUAUAUUACAAUUUCAUUACACCACCUGGCCCGAUUUUGGGGUUCCCAGUUCGCCAACUGCCUUUUUGGAAUUUUUGAGGAAAGUGAGGGAUGCGGGCGUUCUGGAGCCCACUGUUGGACCAGCUGUGGUGCAUUGUUCGGCUGGAAUUGGAAGAUCUGGCACUUUUUGUCUCGUUGAUUCGUGUCUAGUGCUUAUGGAGAAAUUUGGCCUAAAUUCCGUAGACGUAAAAGAAAUUUUGUGUGAGAUGCGAAGUUAUCGCAUGGGACUGAUUCAAACGCCCGAACAACUAAGAUUUUCAUAUCAAGCAAUCAUUGAAGGUGCAAAACAACUACUCAAUCCAGAUUCGAGCCCUACGGAAAAUCAUAUAAUCGUGGAUAAUGAACCGGAAGACGGAGUUGCAUCCGAUUCGGACGAUGACGGACCGCCUCCUCUCCCACCACCCCGGUUAGACAGUCUGAAGAAACAAAACGGUACUCCUUUAGACAGGCCGCUUCCAAAUAUCCCCAAGAGCAUCUCCUUGAACGAGUUUAGUUACGAAGGCGAUAGUGAUGAGUACAUUCCGACCGGUCCGUUGCCUGUGGUUCCCGGUGACGAAGAAGAGGGCUCUAGUGAAGAUGAGUUGGAGGAUUUGCGUUCCGAUAGUCCGUGUUCGGAGCCUGUGAGCCCCUCAGACAGUUUGUCGGCGUCCGAGUUGAGGCAUCGCAAACGCGUGGAGCAAAGAGAAAAGUUGGAGGCCCAAGUGAGAGACAUGAAACGGCGGCAGCAAGCCAACGAGCAGUGGACACAACUGAAGAGGUCUCUAUACAAACCUUUAUUUAUAGCGGGCGCUAUUGUUUUGGGCGGGGGCCUCAUUUCCUAUUUUUAUUUUAAAAAUUAAACAGAAAACAAGACAUGUGUGUUAAGUCUAUUAAUGGUGAGAGCUGUUUUUGAUUGGUUAUCCGAGUUUCUCGACACGUACCCGGUUCAACGUUAUAGUUUUUAAAUUUUAUGUAUAUUAGUCACAACUGUUUUUGGUAGCACUGAUGGACUUUAUUUCAAAGUUGUAAUGAGAAACGGACCCUUGGUAUAUCACAGUUUCUGGAUUACAUAUCAAGCUAUUGUCUUAUUAUCUAUUAUGUUUUAUUGAGGAUGUAGCGAUUUUUUUGUAAUAUUUAUUUGCGUAAAUCUUUACGAUUCAUGUUGGGAGUAAAUGUUUUUAAUGUUACCACGGAUUUGAGAGCUUUUCCAUUAAAACGCCAUUACAUCACACAUCUGCAGCAGUUUUUGUUUAUUUUAACAUUUUCAUUACUAAUUUAUUGCCACUCGGGUGGGAUUAACAUUAAAAAUCAUUUAGCCACAACUGGGGAACGAUUACGGUCCUAAAUACUGGGAUGCGACACAAUAAAAAAUGCGUAUUUGACGGUGAGUACAAGACAGUACAGGCAAAUAGAGCAUCACAUUCUCAAUAGUAAGACGUAAAAAUUGCUCGAAAACUAACCAAUUUGCGCACCCCGCCCCCAAAACGCUGCGAAUACGGUUGAAGAUACAAAAAAACAUAAGGAAAAAAGUUGUAAAGAAUUAAAAAAAAAGACUCAGAGACCAUAUCUUUAUCUUCAACCCUUUCGGUUUAAAUUGCUUUGAAUGAGUUUUUCUUAGCUUAUUAAGAAUUUGAUGCUCGAUGUUCUGCCUGUGGUGAAUUUAAAUUAAUUGAAAACAACUCGCCCCCAUUUUUAUUCGGGUACCGAAAAUCGAGUUUUGUAUCACAUUCCUGGUAUUUAGUUUAAUUUGUGAAAUUGAGUACUUUUAAUUGCAUUUCACUUCCUUUAAUCAUUGUGUAAGUAGGUAUAUAUGCUGUAUCGAGAGUGUAGAAGAAAAAUAUAACUUGUAGUGGAACGAGUGGGUAAGAAAAAGACUGAGAGAUUACCGCCAAGCAUUCCUUUUUGUUACGUGAUCAAAAGUUUAAUAUUUUGGUGGUAGUCGUAACAUGUUGAGUUGGUUUCGCAUUCACUGAAUGGUCAUAGUUUUAUAUGUGUGGAUUCAUAUAAGACUUGAUGUUGAGUGAUGGCUGACACAAGUUUUCCAUCGGAACACUUGUGUAGGCCAUCAUGAAUUACAGUAGGUACGUCUUAUUGGUUUAUUAAUCAAAUUACAGGGUGCUUAUUGACAAAAUUGAUGCACAAAGCAUUUUUACCAAUUUAUAAGAGUUUUCUAUCUUCAGAAAAACGAGACAAAAUUUUCUAAGGAUUUUAUACCUUAUUUACACAUUCCUUUUAAGUGCCUACGAAAUGCUGUUAUAACUGCGUCGACAAUAUGAAUUUGAUUGUGUUGUUACUAUGAUUUAAAUUAGAAUGUGACAAUCGGUUUGAAGUUUGUUUAUAUCUGGACCGCCGAUUAUUUGUGAUUGAUUAAUAUUUUCUCAAGAAUUUUAUGGAUAUUCAAUAAAUACAUUGAAAAAUUAUAA